AUGUCUGAGAGAGUUUCCAACAAAGUGAAAGAGGUCGCGAAGGAGGACUUUGAUCAGGCCAAAGCUCUCGCUCAGGAUGCGAUCCGCUCAGCCGCGUAUCUAUACCCGUUCAAGGGCAUCUACUACUUCUGCGCAAACCGCACACUAUGGCGACCUCUCGCGGCCAAGCUGGUCCCGACCAUCUCGCUUGGAUUGGGCGUGACCGUCUUCAUGUUCGCCGUCACAUAUGUCCCGCAGGCGGCGAUGCUCACCAUCUUCAAUGGUCCGCUUGCCAUCUUCACAACCGUUCUGCUCGUGCUCAGUGAAGCCUCAACCAUCUUCUCCGUGCUGAGCAAGAACUUCCUGAUCGAUGACGCGCUCAUCGACACGUUCGAUGGUACGCUUUUGUGUCGCAAUCUACACUCCCUGGUCGAGAAUGAGCGCCAGGUCAAGUCUGGAGGCGACCCCGUUGCGAAGUUGGGCAAGCUUGUCUCCAAGCCCUUCGCCAAGUUCACCCCGGCGGCUAUUGUCCGCUACUUCAUGUACUUGCCGCUGAACUUCAUCCCGAUUGUUGGGACAGUGCUGUUCGUCAUUCUCCAGGGCCGCAAGUUUGGCCCCACUGCACAUGCGCGGUACUUCCAGCUCAAGCAGAUGAAGAAGCAGGAGAAGGACCAGUUUGUCGAGAAGCGUCGCGCUGCAUAUGCCAGCUUCGGUGUCCCAGCCGUCUUGCUGGAGCUUGUCCCCAUUGCCGGCAUCUUCUUCUCCUUCACGAACACUGUGGGUGCAGCACUCUGGGCUGCUGAUAUGGAGCAGAACCAGCAGAGCGGCGGAAGCUCCACUGCGCCCAACCUGCGCAACCAGGCUGAGCGCGCCAGGAAGGAGUUGUGAGAUACCUGAUGUGUUCUUCGAGAUUACGUUUGACAUGGUGCUGAUUGCUCAACCGAAGAGAUUUUGAUACGUAUGUCCGCUAUGGGCCAGAAGGCCAAUAUCGUUAUCCUUGGAAGCCUCCGUAGGCACGAGGCAAUAUGCUUGGGUGGCCAUGAUCCGGUCUGAGACAUGUAUAUCAAGCCAUGAUGCCACAUUCGAAGCGUGUGCUUUGGAUGCCAUGGAAGGGGCGCAUGAUAGUAUACCCGUCACAUGCGAUACCUAAGUAGCAUUAAUAGUGUAAUGAUACAUACCUAACGAUCA